UCCUUUUUAAUAAAUUUUAAUAGCAUAUUACCGGUUUGUCAUGAAAUGUACAUCAGUGGAAAUGCACUUGGAUGAUUAAACAACUUCCUGUAGCAAAGAGAGAGAGAGAAGAGAGAAAGAGGAGGUCUAAAAAUAAAUAAAGAUAUCAAAGAAAAAGAAGCUUUAGCUCCAUAUGGGCUAUGACCUUGGAGUUCAACAACCCUACUCCACUUGCAUAUGUAUUACAUCUAUUGAUGUGAGUUGCAUAUGCCUGUGUUAGAUGCAGCUUUUUUAAGCUGAGAAAUGCAUGCUGAGUUGGAACAUAAAAAGUGUUAAACUAUUAACCUCUUCAUAUCAAAAGUAUAGAUUUUUUCUCUGCGCUCCACAAAAUUGUGUACACUGCAUGGAGAAGAUGCAAGUGGAAUUUGAUUAUACUGGAGGUUGUUUUUAUUGUAGCAUAUGGAUUUUUUCCCUGGAAAUUUCUUGGAAACAUUUGUGAAGGAAUUUGUUUGCUUACAAUUGCAUCUAUCUUUUCCAACCGGUUGUGUUUUGCCACGGUAGGAAGGAUUUAAAUGACCACAUUAUGAAAGAGCAACGCAAUGUACAGCACACGGGCACUUCCAACGGACGGGAUUGAUUUUUAACUGUUUACAAUCUCUCUGGCGUCCACUCUAAAAAAGGGAAGAGAGGGGGAACACAUUGGUAUCCAGCCUCACGGUCAUCUGGAGUCCGUAAGAGAGACCUCGUUCUGAGGGAGAACGGUGUUCACAUUGGGAUAUUUUUAGUCUGACUAAUGACAAGUAUGUGUCACAACAAAGUGUAUAGGUAAAAAAAAAAAUCUGGAGAGAAUCGUAGGAAGUUGUAGCGAACUGGGAUUCAUUGAGAGGGAUUGGAGUUUGUUUUUAGUGAAUGUGCACCCAGGUGUGUCUGUAUACUACAAACACAGCCGGCUACGUCAUCCCUCUUCAAAACUUGAACUGUUCAUUUUAGUAGUAGAUAUGUGUGUAAGUGGCAUGUGCUGUGAUUACUGAGUGAGCAGAGAACUGGACAGGGGUUUUACAGAACUAUGUAACAGAGGACCAAGUGUUUACACUUCACCAGUGAACAGAUCAACUGUAGGAUUUAUUGACAACCUGUGUGCAAGUGACACAGUCAGCGACCCCACAGCAUGCUUCAGUGCAAUUCAUAUGCAAUCCCCUUUCAUUGAUGAAAUAAGCAAAUCAAUCAAAGAGGAAGGGGCCUGCCUAAGAGAUAAGCCAUUCGCUAUGACAGAGCAGAGAGGGAGAUAGGAAAAAAGAGUGGUCACUCCAUUUCAUAAUGACCAGCAGGGUUAAGAAAAAUCGGACUCCCCGGUCCACAGUGGCUUACUUGGACAGAAGGAUGUGGAUCUCUUUCAACAGGCACUUUCACAGGUAAUAAAGACGGCAGGAACACUUGGAUCUAUGGUGGUUCAAGGCAAAGAGAAGCGAAAAACUUUAAAUCAGGGAUCUGUUAUAGACUUAUAUAAGACUAUUUAUUCUACAAUGGAUUUGAGUAACAAAGCUCAACCCAACAGCACUCAGGGAUUGCUGGCAGCAGCUGCCUCCACAAUGGGGGCCCUCAACUUCAGUCAGGGGGAAUCAUUCAGAGGGGAAAGUCCCCUGGGUGGGGGCCGGAGUGGAACCACAGAUUCAUUUCCGUACGGAUUGAGUGGGGUUGCCAUGCCGAAUUACGGGUACCCUAGUGAUUUAUACCAAUUUACCUCCAAUGGAUAUCCUCGAAAGUCCCGCACCUGUAGUUAUUGUGGGAAAGUUUUCACCAGGUCAACAACGCGGCGCUAUCAUGAAAAGCGGUGCCCCCUACUGCGAGCAGCAGUGUGCAGCAUGGUACCUCAAGACGAGACGAAGAAAAUGGGAACUAGCUCAACGUCGGACCACGGCUCGUCAUGGCCAACCACUGCAGAAUCUCGCAAAGCAGUGGAAUCUAAGGUUGUUCAGUCAGGGAAAAUCUCAAACUCAUUCAGUAAAUCAUUACCUCCUCUCAUGACCCCACCAUUCCUCCUGGAUCGGAAGUAUCUGAAGGAAAUGGAAUCCGUGGUGGGAUACCCAGGAGUCAUUGUCAAAAAAGAAGCUCAGGAACAGCGAAUACCUCAGGGCAGCAAAAUGUAUGAAGGUUUGUCCGAUCUCCCAUCCUCUCAGUACACAUCUGAGUCCAGGUGGUCUCCUCACAUCAAACGCAGCAGCGAAACAAGGGGUCACUCUUUAUCCCCCUACAAUACCUCAGCUGGACUGGACUUGUCCAAAUCCCCCUCAGGAACCUCACAUGAUGAUGCAAGCUCAGUCACACAGGAAGACCAAUAUCAACGGGACGUUAUACAGGAAGACAUGCAGAGGGAGAAAAGCAAAGUGGAAAACGGCCAGGAUUCCGACUCAGAAAAACACAACUCCAGAGAAUCUGGAAAGAUGAAAAUGGCCGAGAGAAGUACCCCCUCAGGUCAAGAUGAUUCAGACUCCAUGGAUAUCAAUGAAACUACCUCAAUGCAUGAGUCGCAGAAUCAUCAUUUGGGAACGAAUGGUGAAAGCAAGAUGGAUUCAAAAGAAAAUGUAGAAGGAGGGGAAACCAAAUGUGAAAUAUGUGGUAAAAAUUUCCCUUCAUCUUGGCAGCUUCAUGUACACAAGCAGAUACAUACCAAAUUCAAGCCCUAUGCCUGUCGAUUUUGUGGGGACAGAUUUUCAAAGGCAGGUCUACGAAUCACCCAUGAGAGAGCUCAUCUAGGAGAGAUUGGGUAUGCCUGUGCGUUAUGUGCUGCCUCCUUCACCAGUAAAGGCAGCCUUCGUGUACACAUCAAACGCCAGCAUGCAGAAGGCCCCUGGACCUGCAAGCACUGUGGAUCGACAGUAGAGGCUCAAAGUGACUUGGUCAGCCAUUUGAAAAACCACAAUCUCACGAAAGAAGAACAGGAGUCUCUGCAAUACAUGCCUGGAGCCCCAGGAAGUGGUGACUAUGAUGAAGAUUCGCUGGAAGAUGGAGACGAAGAGCAGGAACCUAUGGACUCUGAAGCUCUGUCAGACUCCAUAGAUAAUGAGGCCUCACCCGACAGAGAUGUUGAGAAUCUGGAACAGGCAGCUAACCAAUCCGGAAUAGCGGAUGCUGAUGAUCCCAAAGAGAUGUGCAGUAUAUGUGGGCAUGAGUUUCCGGCCAGUCACAUGGCAUUUCAUAUGAAAGUCCAUGAGGGUCAGAAACCAUACAGCUGUCCUAUAUGUGGUAAACGAUUCGGCUACAAAAACAACAUGAAAUCUCAUAUCAAGCUUCAUGCAGGGAUAAAGCCUUACCAGUGCUCAAUAUGUGGAGCUAAGUUUACCAGAGGUUCAACUCUACGAAGACAUGCCCGUCGUCAUGGCAUAUCCGCCGAGAGUGUAUGGGAUCUCUUCGUCAAAAACAGCGCAUCCUCUCAGGAAAACAUGCUGCCAUCAACAAACGGCAAUGAUGGAACUCCUGUGAAGAACAACAGCAGCAGUAUGCCUCUGCAUGCUUCACCAGAUGAACGCAAGGAGGAAGUAACCUCCUAUGCUGAUUCAGCAUACAGCAGUUUCUUCAACACACCUACCUCAGUUGCAAUGUCAAAUGCAUUAUUUAUGAGUUACCAGAAUCACCAGGCAGCUGUAGCGGCAGCAGCCUCCUCAUUUCCGUCGAUAUUCAAUACCUCAUUACCAACUCCUACCUCAGAGAUACCUCUCCGUUCCUCCGCCGGAUUUCUAGAGACUAGUCACCACACACCUCAAGCUGACGCCCUCAAUCUCAGUGUACAAAAGGCUGAGAAAACCCACAGAAGAAGUGAAAGUCAGGAAAAUCUCCUCCCCUCUCCUACCUCAGAAGAAAAGUCCUGGCCAGCAGCCGGGUCUAACGUCCUCAGACCGUCUGUUACCGUGGCACCGGGAAUCAAGGCCAACUCGGUCGACAUUGGUAUUCAGGUCAAUAAAUGCUGCAAGAGCGGCCUCGAGCUUCUACAGGAAGACGUCAGGAGCCCCAGCGAGGCCAGUAUACACUCAGACCACAGCGGCUCCACCUACCAGCAGGUAACAAGCUCAGGGUUAGACAACUCCACCGAGAGUAUAUCAACGCUAUUAGCCACCGGCAGACUCUACAAAUGUGACCACUGCGAGUGCUAUUUUUCGGAAUACGCAAUGUACCGCAUCCACAGUAAGCUCCAUGCACGAGGUGGCAACCUGAAGCCGUUCGCCUGCCCUGUUUGUGAUGAGAACUGUCAAGAUAAGACAUACUUCUCCAUGCAUCUUGCAGAACAUUUACGAUGAAGAAGUGCGGUACUUAAUGUUUCAGAGUGAAGUAUAUACCUCAUUGUAUUAUAUCUCAGUGCAUUUGUAAUAUUGUUAGUCUUUAAAUCAUGUUUGUAUGACUGUAACUUUAAUUAAGAAGGGUAAUAUGUAAACACCCCUAAUAUUUACACUUUGUUGUCAAGUAGUACCUCAUUGAAUUUUUUCUUUCAUGUGUUGUUGACAGUGUCGAUUGAUCUGACAAGGGGGGUAACUCCAGCAUCUGUCAUGAUUGUUGAAUCUGAUAAUUUGAUAUACCUCAUCUUUUUCUGUUGAUUUGUGAUGUCUGUUAAUUAAGCAAGCAGCAAAGAUUAAUUGUUUAUUUAUGUAUUUUUGAUAUGUCUAUCAGGUUAUAAUAUAUUUACCUUUGGAACUUUUUCAAAUACCUCAUUGAUAUGCCUCAGAGCAACAAAAUUAUUUUGAGAAGAUAUAUUUUAUUCUACUGCAAAUCUUCAACAUCAGGUUACCACUACUUUUGCGUGCAAUGUGAAUGUCUUGAUAUUUAUUUUAGUUUGUUUCAUUAUUCAUUUAAGAAGGAAGACUUUUCCCAGUCAUUGUUUUGCUCACAUUUAAACAGUAUUGCCGAUUGGGUCAUUCAGCAAACUUUAUCAAAAUUGAGUUUUUUCUUCCAUUGAAGCAAUAAAUUUUUUUUAUUUAUCAUCCCAUCUACCCCAAUACCAAAUAUUAAUAAUAUACCAUUAAUAAUAUAUCAACCUUUUAAGAUUUUGUCAACACCCACCCCCUUUUUUUGCCAAGAAUAACAGUGGUCAUUUAUUUUUUUUUUUACCUCUACUGAAUGAUCUGAAUUCAUUGAGUUAAUAAUACGCAUAGUUAUUGAAUAUAAAUGAUAAUUUCGUUGGAAAACUUAAAGUUCCAGCAUUGACAAUACUUAGAAUUUUAGAGCACAUUUAUAAUAAUUACAGGACUACGGGUGUUAUAUCUAAUAAUCUUCCUCUGUAUCGAAUCUUUUUUUAUGUAUGAAUGUGUAAUUAACUUGUUUAAAAGUGUUCAGGUGUUGUAUCUGCUGUUGGGAAAAAAAGGAUGACAAUUACGGGCAUUGGUUAUUUUUAUCUCUCAUACUUUUUAAAAUUAAUUUUAAGUCUUAAGAUAUUCUUCAAAGUUAAGUGCCAUCUCAUAUUUCUGUUGUUAUUGUUUCGAAUAAAAAUUUGAUGUUUGUUACAAGAUGGCACCUUCAGAGUUAAAUUCUGAGUACGAGUUAUAUCUGCAAAUUACAAAACUCUGAAUCAGUUGUGUAUGAAUUUCAGAUUUUUUUCUCUUAUGUUUUUUUUUCCUUAAGGAAUUGGUCAUUAUGGGUAUCACGUAAGGAACAGAAGUUUCUGCCGUAGCCAAAUUAAUAGUUUAGUUAGUAAGCGGGUGUUUAUACCUCGAUGUGUAAUAUGUUAAUAUGUCAAUGAUGAUUUUUGGACUGGGAUAUGCAUUUAUAUUCUAUGUUGAGUACGGGUAUAUCACAUCUAUCUCACUCACAUUUUUUGUCACGUAUUUUUCUUACAAAAAAUAAUGAAAGUGCUGAUAACGUCAUGUACAUAUAUGGUACUAGUUCAUCAUUUAUAUGUGUGUAGAUAAAAGACAAUAUAUACAUUUAUGUUAUGUUGAAUGUUCAGGAAAACUUGUAUAUAUAUUAAAUUGUAUGUGUAUUUGUAAAUUUGAUGAAAUAACUUUACAAUGUGCUGUCAUUUAGAAUAGUUUUUGGCUGAUAAUGUCUUCAAUCUCAAAUUCCAGUUUUCUUUUCUCUUCUUUUUUUUCCAUUUAAAACCAAAUUUGAUUAAAAGUUUUGAUUUCACAAGGGAUCAAGGCAAUAUGAUAAAUGAGUUUUGCAAAACAAAGUAUUUUUUAUAGAGAAAUGAAUGAUACGAAUUUAAAUUUCUAUUUAUAUAAGAUAAAUGUAAAAGCAGAGGGAUUUAUUUUCAAUUUCUGAAGAAUCAGACCCCCUCUUUUAUUUUGGCAAGGUGUGAAAAAUUUCUCUAUUUUUCUGGGUUGCUACCUCUUAGUAGGACUAGGUAUGUCAUUAAUCAUUAUGUGAAUUGAUAUGCAUUGAUGACGUUUAUUUUUAUGAUGUCAUAAUGAUCAGAUUUGUGGUAUUUUUGUUUUUUCAUUUAAUUUUUGAGCUCAAUGUUAUUAUGUCUAUUAUAUAUAUUCAGCUGUCUUCUUUUGCGUAAAGAUAUUUUUUUCUGUGAACUAUUUAGGACAUCUGUCUGAGUGUGAUACAAAAAGAAGCUGACCAGUAAAAACAAAAUGGAAGUCUACAAUUCAACUACCAAAUGGUAGAUCAUUUUGAUACUAUGUAUUUUAUUUUUAGUUGUUAGUAGGUGAAUUGAAAUCUUUUUGUUUUGAGAUAAAGGUUGUUUUCUUUCUAGAAUGGAGCUGCAUUCUGUUAUAUAAACGAAGUAAUUAGGUAAUUAAGUGGUGCAUUUUGUGAUCAGGAAUAUCCAUGGUGACGGUUGUCCUAGACAACCAUGUAGAUGCAUUAUUAUACUGGUGUCCACCUACAAAGUCAGGAAGUCUCGACUCUUUGGAUGAGGCACACGGGAGAAGUUUGUCUCCAAGAGUUGUAAACGCUUUCUUUAUUUUUUUUUCCUUUCCGAUAUUGCUAAUCAAAAAACAAUUACCAGCAAAACCCAAGUUUUGUGAAAGUUUUUUUGUGAAUAACUGUCUCUAGCUUUUUUUUGACAAAUAAACACUGAGGAAAUCAUGAUACUAGGAUUAAAAAUUUCAAAAGUUGAUUUUUGGAGUCAGAAACGCUUUUUAUUGCCAUAAUUUUGGGUAUGUUAUUUUACUUAAGGAUAACAUUCAAUUCGGGUAAAUAAAAAAAAUCUGGAAUCUUAUUUUGGUGAGAACUAUUGAUAUUGUAAAUAUUUAAAAAAAAAACCCACACUCUGCAAAGUGAUGGAAUAUACUGAAGGAUUUUUUUAAAGGAGACUUGUUAUGUGUGGCACAAAGUGCGAGUUGAUACAAAAGGGGGCCAUAUGAUUUGAGAAGAAGGAGAAGGACAUUUUUUUACGGUUCUUUUUUUCUGUUGAUUUUUUUUAACAUAUUCUUAUUUUUCUAUGUUUAUGAAGGACAAUACAAUUUGCUCAGAGGAACAGCUGUACCACAAAGCUAUCUCUUACUUUACAAGUAUUGAAACUGUAGCCACUUGUUUUGAUCAGCUCAUUGCAGAAAUAUAAGAAAAAUGUUGAGGAAAACAUUUUAAAGACUUUUUGUAAGGUUGUUUUUUUUAAUUUUCCAUUCUUGUUUUUUUUUUUUUCAUUUUUUUUUGGUUAUUCUUGUGUAAUAUGAAAGACAUCAUGUUAAUUUUAGAAAUAAGAAAAUUGUGUUAUAGUUUUCAAUGGUUGCAAAGUAAUAGAAGAGCAAUUUAUAAACAUUAUAUGUAUACAUAUAUUAUUACCAUAUAUAUUAUAUAUCAAUUGUUAAUACUUUAUUUCCUGUUAACGGAGUUGUUAUCAGUCGUAGAUGAACAGUGAAUUUUUUCUUUCAUUUUUUAUUCUACGUUCCUGUAUCAAACUUUCAAACUUUGGGGAAAAACUACAGCAUUUCUGUCACCGCUCAUAUUUUUCUCUGUAUUUUUCUGUAAGAUCGCCCUAAAUACCACAGAAAUGCUGAAAUACAUGCUAACUUUAAGAGGUUUUCUGUGGUAUUUGGGCCUACCUGUUGUGUAGUACAUUUAGAUUGAGAUAAACAGACUUAGUGUCACAUGUACCUCGGGCAGACUUGCCUUGUAGUAUUUUUAAUAUAUAAAUAUUACAUAAACGACA